AUGCUGUUGAAUCUUGGCCUGACCGCGGAUGCCGCAGCAGCUCAUACAAACGAAGCGCCUAGCAACAGCAGCCAGACAGAAUCACAACCAUCUCCGACUUCCACUCCCUAUUCCACCUUCUCUCUGUCUGCACUGCCGGUAUUGGGUACAUUCUAUAACCGAUCUAAACACCCCGAUGGUCCUACACACCCUACAAGGUCCGCAUCCGAUAUGGCUAUGAGCCCGAUUGUGUCGGAAUCAAGUGGGGAGAACACGUCCAAGGUAAUGGCCCUGCCGACCAAGCUGCGCGCCCACCCUCGGGCCAUCUCGUAUUCUACCCGGAAAUCAUCGCGGCCCAAAACCUCCUACCAGUUCGCUCAUCCUGCCGCACACGCGCGCCACAAGCGAUUGAGGCUCCGGCCCAAGUUGCUGCUGCAGCUACAGCAGGUGUCGCAAACACCGCGGCCCCUGCCCAUCCUCGAUAUCUUGCCGUCGACGCUGUAUCUACCCCGGUUAGCGCGCAAAUUCCCGGCCAUGUUCCGCGGCAAGAAUGGGCUGGGGCCCAACGACUUGAUUAUCGUGAUGAGUGAGCUGUACGAGCGCACGGUGUCCAAGAUCCCCGAAAACGGUGGGAGCUCGGAAGACGAAGACGAAGAACACCGGGAGGUGGUGGCUACAAUCUGUCAGCUGCUGCAAGAAGAUGCCCGGCUGAAGGGGAAGGCGGAGAUCUGUCUGAAUUUCGGGCCCGUGUGGGAGGCCACGCCUCUUGCCAGCGGAUCUUACGAGUUCGUGGCCCACACCGACCAUGGCGUGCAGGUGAUGAGAUGGGCUUUGCGCGGAGGCAAAAAUCGACGCGUCUCUGCGACCCCGGGAACGCAGCCGAGCGAGGACCCCAAGCGGUUUACAUUCAGCAUUAUUGAUCCGCACACGCGCCGGCAUCCGGUCAUCGCAUCGAUGACUCGCAAUCAGCUCGAAGUGUACGAUCAGUAUUCUACCGCGCCUCGCUCCAGUGGAGGGCCCACGACUCCGAACUCGGGCAUGUCUGUUGCCAGCGACGUCUCUGACCUGGAUGCGCCGGUGAAUCCCAACGCGGUCACCCUCGAUGAUGGACUGCGGACGUUAAUUAUCAUUACCGGGAUCUGGGUUGCGUUCCGUGAGGGCUGGUCACAUAACUUCAGCUACGGCGACCCUGUCUCUACCUGUCAGACGAAAUCGGCUGCUUCCCCAGCGACCUCGAAACACAGCUCUCCAACCACGGCAAAGACUGAAAAGGACGCCUUGGCCGAGCAUGACACGACGAGUCCAGUCAAGGAGCCUGCCAAUGGGGGCAAACGCUGCAUGUCAAUAUCAAGCAUCCGACGUGCCAAUACCCUGGCGCCUUCGGAGCAGGCAAAGCCUACUCCAAUUGGUAGCCUUUCGAAGCGCUCCAAUUCAACGGGAGCCGCCUUCAUGGACCGUGUCAAACGGCGCAGCGCCUCGGGAACAGGCAGCCGACUGAAUCGGCACAGCAUGUUGACCGGGUCGGGCGAGCAUGGUCGCGACAUUGUUGUUUCCCGUCCUACCUCGUUGCGCCAGAACUCGAUUGACCCGGAAGAAUCACCAAAUAACACCGACAAAACCAAGUCCAAACCCCAAGCGAAGCUCGACACGAAAAACGUCAAGCAGAGCCCAGAGCCCGAUCGAGCAGUUGCAGGCCCACACGCCGAGAACCGCCAUGUUCGACAUGCGCAACCCCCUCGUCGCGGGGAUGCAGAGCCUUCCAGUUCCGAGGGACCCAAUUCGGGCGCAGCAAAGGGCAAACGACGCCACCGGCUUAGUUCACUUCUUGCCAUCUUCAGUCGGAAAAACGACGCGCAUUGA